GAUUUCGCAGUGACGUCACUUCUGCGGAAAGUACAGUGCAGAGUCGCCAGCGCCAAGCAGAAAAAUAUGUGGUGGACAUUUUAUUUCUUGUAAAUAUGAAGGGCUGAUAAACAAGAUCUGCUGUUUUAGGUUUCCUCCAUAACUCAUAGAUUCACUGGGAUUUAAUUUAUAGCCUACAGGCGCGCACGUAUUUUUCUAGGGCUUUUUUAUCCACCGCAUCAAGUUUGUUUACGUAACGUUUGCUAGCUAGCAGCUAGUUGACGGGCCUAGCAAGCGGUAGAGUAGCCAGCGCUAACGCUAGCUAGCUAACUAAACCCAGAAAAAUGGAUCUUAACGUCCUGGUGUGAAUUCGUUACAAAGUAAAACAUUAAUUGGAUGUCGGUAUUUAAUCUGAGGAAAAUAGUAUAACGAAUCAAGCCCAGAAUGGAGAGACCCCCUUUCAGGCAGAAUCAAGUGUGUGGACUAUGGGAGAUGAAAGAGAGGUUGGGGACAGGAGGUUUUGGUCACGUGUAUUUGUAUCAGCAUCAGGAAACCUCGGAGAAAAUCGCAGUGAAGUUGUGUCGCCUGGAGCUGACGCCAAAGAACAAAGACAGAUGGAGCCGUGAGAUUCAAAUCAUGCAGAAGCUGGAUCACAUAAACGUGGUGACAGCCCGGGACGUGCCCGAAGAGAUGAAACCCAUCGCCCUGAACGAUCUUCCCCUCCUGGCGAUGGAGUACUGUUCCAAGGGAGACCUGAGAAAAAUUUUGAGCAAGCCGGAGAAUUGCUGUGGAAUGAAAGAGAGUGAAGUCCUGUCCUUACUCGGUGAUGUUGGGUCAGGCAUUCAGUAUUUACAUGCAAACAAAAUUAUCCACAGAGACCUGAAACCAGAGAACAUUGUGCUGCAGGACAUCAGCGGGAAGUUAGUUCACAAAAUCAUAGAUUUGGGUUACGCCAAAGACCUCGAUCAGGGGAGUCUCUGCACGUCCUUUGUGGGAACCUUGCAGUACCUGGCCCCCGAGCUGUUUGAGAACAAGCCUUACACGGUGACGGUGGACUACUGGAGCUUCGGCACCAUGGUCUUUGAAUGUAGCUGUGGCUUUCGCCCCUUUCUGCACAAUCUGCAGCCCGUGCAGUGGACCACUAAAGUGCGCAACAAAGGCCCGAAGGACAUCAUGGCCGUGGAGGAGAUGAACGGGGAAGUGCGCUUCUCUACGCACCUGCCCUACCCCAACAACCUGAGCAGGACGCUGUCGGAGCCCCUGGAGGUCCUGCUGCAGUUGAUGCUGAACUGGGACCCGGUCCAGAGAGGAGGGGGAACUCAUCCAGGAACGCAGCAGCCACAGUGCUUCACGGUUCUGGACCAGAUUCUCAGCAUGAAGGUAGUGCACAUCCUGAACAUGACCACGGCGCAGAUCCACUCGUUCCAGCUGGCCCCGGACGAGAGCCUGCACAGCCUGCAGCAGCGCAUCGAGGCCGAGACCAAGAUCGACCUGCUCAACCAGGAGCUGCUGCAGGAGACGGGCGUGAUGCUGGACCCCCGCAAGCCCGCCGCGCAGUGCGUUCUGGACGGAGUGAGGGGCUGGGACAGCUACAUCGUCUUCCUGUUUGACAAGAGCCUGACGAAAUACUCAGGCCCGUUCACUGCCAGACCGCUCCCAGAUAAGGUCAAUUUCAUCGUGCGGGAAACCAAGACCCAGUUGCCCCUGACAACGCUGAAAAAGGUGUGGGGGGAGGCGGUGAGCUACAUCUGUGGCCUGAAGGAUGACUACAGCCGCCUGUUCCAGGGCCAGAGAGCGGCCAUGCUGAGCCUCCUCCGCUACAACACCAACCUCACCAGGUGCAAGAACCACAUGUUCGCCGCCUCGCAGCAGCUGAAGGCCAAGCUGGACUUCUUCAAGAGCAGCAUCCAGUACGACCUGGAUAAGUACAGCGACCAGAUGCAUUUUGGGAUAUCCUCUGAAAAGAUGCUGAAAGCUUGGCAGGACAAUGAGGAGAAGGCAGCUGCGUUUGCACAGGUGGCCGAGGUCAGCCAUUUGGACGAAGAGAUCAUGUCGCUGCACUCGGAGAUCGUGGAGCUGCAGAGGAGUCCCUACGCCCGUCGCCAAGGAGACAUCAUGGAGCAGCUGGAGGAGAGGGCGAUAGAACUCUACAAGCAGCUGAAGAUGAAAUGUAGAAAUGCGCUGCCGGAGCCCCAACAUGGCUACAGUGACAGCUCUGAAAUGGUGAAGGCCAUCCUGCAGACCGUGCAGAACCAGGACCGCGUCCUGCGGGACCUCUACGCUCACCUAAGUAAGAUCUUAAUCAGCAAGCAGAAGAUAAUCGACCUGUUCCCCCGGAUCGAGAAGGCUCUGGACAGCAUUAAGGAGGCCGACAGCACGGUUGUUCAGAUGCAGAUUAAGAGGCAGAGGGAGUUCUGGCACUUGCUGAAGAUUGCCUGCGCUCAGAAUUCCACCCGCAACUCCAUAACCACCAGCUCGGACGUGUCCAAUCCCUCGACCUGGACACAGGCAGCCCAGCCAGUCAGCAACCCCCAUCCUCUCAUGUCCUUACCGGGGCCCAACGACAGUGACGCUGUGCCUCGAUUGCUGGAGGAGAACCAGAAGUACCUGAACCAGCUCAGCAGUUUGAUACAGGAAACCUCUGAUGAGCGAUCAAAGAGCAUAGUGGAUCAAGAUUGGAGCUGGACUAAGUAUGAGUCUUUGUCAGUGAAACUACAAAACUUAUAACCGACCAGCAGUCAGUGUCGAGCUCGGUCUGUUGGUGUGGUAACACUAAAGGAGUUUGAUGCUAAGCCUGGUCACCAACAUCAACUGAAUGUUUUCAUAGAAACAUGCUUGUAUAUUUCUAUGAAAAUUUACAUCUGUGCUGUUCUGUUCAGCUUCCACCAGUUGCAUCGCCAAGUUGUAAGUUCUGUCAUGCAAUAUUACAUGGACAUUUACUAUUAUAGAUGUAUUUUGAUUUACUGAAUUGAGCGAGUAUGAAGGAAAAUAUGAACACAUGCUGUAUAAUUGUUUUUUCUUUAGAUUUUCUUUGUUUUACUUUGGUGAAAAGUUCUAUCUUCCCCUUCUGUCAACUUAAAGAAUUUAUAUCAUCAUAUAGAUGAAACUGACAUCCACAGAUUAUGUAAGAGUUGUGUAAAGGAUAUUAAUGUCUGUAAACUGCACUUUAUUGGCUUAAAUGGAACCGAAUCAAAUCCGUUUCUGAAAUUCUUUGUUAAAACCAACCAAGAGUUGAGGGUUCAGUCUGUGAAAUCUGUUUAGAAAUAUUGUUUGUCACAUAAAUCUUUAAAUUCUUGGUCAGAAUAUAUAUAUAUAUAUAUAUAUAUGUAUAUAUAUAUAUAUAUAUAUAUAUAUAUAUAUAGUACUUAUAUAUAUUCUAUAUAGUAUAUUACCCCUCUUAUUUUAUUUGUACAUAACUGUCUGAAGAUUUGACGAAUAUAUAAUUACACAUAUUUAUUUUUAAUUUCAUUGAUUUGCUCAAAAAAGUAUCAUCCAGUUUUUCUUUUGUUUGUUUUGUUUUAUUUUGGUUUUUUAAUCAGCCAUAGAUUUAAAUAGUUAGAUUUUUUUCAAUGUGUUACACCAUGUACACUCCACAGUAUAACAGAGCAGUAUGCAGUGGAUAGAAUUUAUUAAAUAUUUUCUGGGUGUGGUCAACUAAUUAACUGUGGAUCAUUGAAACUGAAUUAAAGAGGAUUGCACUGUACAUAUAUUUUGUUGAAAUUAAAAAUAUAAUUAAACAGUAAAAAAGAGAAAUAUUUGAAGUCCUUAUCUGUAACAUAUUCGAAGAAUGACUGAAGUGCAGUUUUAUUUAUGUAUUUUCCUAGAUUAUCACGUGUAUGCCAAUUUACAUUUAAUGGGCACUCAUAAAACUUCAUAUUCCCCAAAUUCAGUUUUUUUUUUUUUUGUAUUUGAUGGAUCCUCCAGGCUUAUUCACACUUAAGUUGUGCGUCAUUUGCAAGUUGAAUUCUCUGUUGUGAUGAUCAUUAUGACCUGAUAAUUUGAAUGUAAUCAUCAGUCAGAAUGAUUAUGUUGCCUUGCGGCCACAUCGUUACCUGGCCGUAUCAUUUUAAACAUAUUCACUAGUGCAAUGUAGAGCAUGUAGAGUACCAAAAGUGUACAAUUCUUGGCUUUUAAUGGGACGAAUGAAAAGCCAAGAAUUACCUGAAAUAUGUUCAUUUAUAUACAUCCCAUAAAUUACUGUACUGUAUAGAGCUCAAAUGUAUGUAAAGAGAAUAAAACAGUGUGAUACCGCG